AUGUCGCCGCCUCCAAUCCAUUCGCCGGCGAUUCAUGACCAGUGUCUAGCUUCUCACUUCAACAUAUUUCCGCUGAUAGAGAAAUUAUCGAAAGAAAUCGAAACCGGAAGUUCUGAUUCUCUGGUGAGUGAAUUGAAAAUCCAGUUUGAAAAUUGUCAGCAGAUGUUGAAUUCGAUUUCAGAAUCGCUUGGAUCUAAAGCUAUGUCUUACAGAGUCUUGUACAAUACGAAGAUGGUCUCACAUCCUAAGACAAAGAACCAAGAAGAAGAAGAAAGAAAUUGA